GUGGAGGUGCAACGGGUGUUCGCGCAUCGUCUAUGUACGGCUGCCGAGAUUGCGCACGAAAAAUAAUAAUUUCCGAGAUCCAAAUCGCACCUCACUUUACUGUCGGCCACUGAAAUCGCCUAAACAGUUAAACGGACAACGGUCCUUGCUACCACACUGCGUCAUUUUCUGGUCAGUUAUUAACCAAUAUUAUUGCUAUUACCGUUAUUAUUAUUAUUAUUAUUAUUAUUGUUAUUAUUACAUUUUUUUCGUUCUUCGUUUUCCCGCGACGGUGAUACGCGUAAACACUAAACAUUCCUCCGGUACCGCGAGGAUUAUUUUCACGACUUAUGCACCAAUUUUUUGACAACUCGAGGUUGAUAUAAAAAAUUACCUACUUACGGACCUCUUCUACGCUCCUCGCCGAACCCGCAUCUUAAUUUGUACGUCCUAAGCAUAGAUCUGCAUAGAUUAGCGUUUCUUGACCCCGUGGACCAUUGAUAGAUCACACCGUCGAUUCCUAAGUGAGCGAGAAAUUUUUCCUGUUAAAAUGGCUGGUAAAAAAAAGGGACCUACUAAAACAGUAGCCAAGAACACGACAAAAACUGUUAUUGAACAUGCUGAUGUUCCUAAUAAUACAGCUGUAUUAAAAGAAGAACCAAAGGAAGUAAAUGGUUUAACUGGUAUAGAUGAACUUCCAGAACCAGACGUGAUAUCAAAAAUCAACGGUAAAACAAAAAAAGGGAAAGGCCAGAAAAAUAAUGUUGAAGUUGAAGUGUCUGAUAAUAAACUAGUUAAAGUAAAAUCAAAACAAAAUAAUCAAUCAAAUGGAGAUGAGAAGAAACAAUCUACAAGCGCCAAUCCAAAAAAAAUUGUUGCAACUAAUGGCAACACUCGUACUAAACGUAAACAAGAAUCUGAAAACCAGCCACAGCCUGCUAGUUCAAAAAGUUCGAAAAGAAAAUCGCUUGAAGAACAAGCAACUGAAGUUAAGAGAAAAAAGACUGAAAAAAUAUCAGAUAAAAUUGCUGUUGAUAACCGAAUUGAAACAUCUGGUAUUAUGAUGAUCAAAGGACGAGAUAUAGUGAUAGCCGGAUUAUUUGGUUUAGGCCCUGACCGCGAACAGCUUACAAAUCUUACUGAAUUGAAGAAUUACAAAUUCAAACUUAUUGCCGCUGGAAGUAUGCAUGUUUUAGGUGUUACUGAAGAUGGAAAACUCAUGUCAUGGGGUUGUAAUGACGAAGGUGCAUUAGGCCGAGAUACUUCAGUGGAAGACAGUGAAACUAGACCUGGAAUUGUACAGAUUCCUGAGGAAGAAGGUGCAGAAAUAUACAGUAUAUCUGCUGGAGGUUCUCAUUCUGCAAUACUUCUUAGUAAUGGCAAUGUGUAUAGCUGGGGCACAUUUAGAGACAAAAACGGUGAUAUGGGAUUCCAGCCAAACGGAGAAAAACAAUUGAAGCCUAAAUUAAUCAUGAGCCAUGUAAAGAAAAUUGCAUCUGGUAUAAAUCAUCUAGUCAUGUUGUCUAAAAACAAAGUGUACACUAUGGGAUGUGGAGAUGAAGGUCAGCUCGGUAGAAUAUGCCAAAGGCAUUCCAAUAGAGAUUCACGCGUUGGCAAGAAACUACUGUUGAAUCCUCAACUGUUAAAUUUACGUAAAAAAGUUGAUAAUAUCUGGGCUAACUAUGAUACUACAUUUUUACGUUUAUCAGACUCUUCUAUUUACUCUUUUGGUCUGAAUGCUCAUGGCCAAUUAGGUGUUGAAAAUGAUGAUAAAUGUGUGUACUUUCCACAAAUAUCUGAAUCAUUAAGUCGUCUCAAAAUUAAAUCUAUAUCAGCUGGAACACAGCAUGUUACUUUACUAGAUGAACAAGGUGCCGUGUAUGUAUUGGGUGAUUAUAAGGAUGGCCGUUUGGGUAUGGAUAUAGCAGAAAACCAAAAAGUUCCCAAAGUGUUAUCAUCAUUACCGCAGAUUAAACUCGCAACUUGUGGUUCGGAUAACAGUUUUGUAGUUACUGAAAAUAAUAAAUUGAUGGCUUGGGGUAUUGGUUUUGAAGAAAAGGAUUAUUCUGAUGUUAUUUAUUAUAUACCAACAGAUAUCGAUACAGCCAAUAAAAUAGAACAGAAGACAAUAGUUCAGGCAACUUCUUCAGAUUCGGCUGUAUUUUUGUUAUUACAAGAUUAACAUUUUAACAUUCAAUAUUUCUUAUCAUUAUUAUUUUUUUCUAGAUAA